AUGAAGCACUCAAUUGUCGCUUUAGGGCUCCUCCCCCUCACAACCGCCCACUUCUCACUCACCUACCCAACCCCCCGCGGCACCGACACCAAAACCAUGGCCCAAUUCCCCUGCGGCGGGCUCUCGCCCUCCCCAAACCGCACGCAAAUCUCACUGGACUCGCCCAGUUUCCCCGUCGCCCUAGACAUGGGCCACGACCAAACAGCCGUGCAGAUCCUCCUCGGUCUGGGCUCGGCGCCAGGCCCAAACUACAACGUCACGCUGCGCAAGACGUUCCGCGUCGAGGGGCUCGGCGGCUUCUGUAUCCCGGACGUCGAGCUGAGCGAGGAUGUGCUGGGGGCAAGAUUGGUGGAUGGGUUGGAGGUUACGUUGCAGGUUGUUAGUAAUGGGCAUCCUAGUGGGGGGCUUUAUGCGUGCGCGGAUCUUCAGCUCGUGUCUGGAAGCGUUCCGGGUCCAUCUGACUCAGUCUGCGCGAAUAAUACCGGUAUCACUGCGGUUGCGUUCACUGGUGCCGCGGCAGACCGCAAUGCCAAUGCGUCGACUGCUGAUGGCGAGGCGCAGAGCGGGGACUCGGGACAUGAGCAUGGCAAUGGAAACAGCACUGGUAGUGACAACGAGACUGCGACUGCAGACGCUGACUCGCCUACCUCGACUGAUGCGGCGUCGGCGAUUCAGACGGCCGCUUGGGGUGUUCUUGGAGCUGUGGUUGUUGGUGGUCUGGCUGUUCUACCCAAGGGCGCGGCUGACAUGUCACCCAUGGCCACGACAGCAGAUAAAUUCGAGAGGCUGCGCGCAGUCGGCCUCUCGGAGAAGUACUCCACCACGAGACACCCUCUGCGCUUCUACAUAAAUGUCGCCAUCACAGCCCGCUACACAAUCCCGGAGAGCUUUACUCUUCCGCUUCAGGACUAUGUAUACAAGGCCGUCGAGACACUGAUCAACCAGCAUCCGAUUCUCUCUGCAAUCCCCAUUGGAGAAGAGACGAACGAGCCGUAUUGGGCGCGAUUGCCGGAAAUCGACCUGACUCAGCCAGUUUCUUUCCGGACGACGGCCAAGAACUUGACACUGGACGAACAUGACAGCGAACUGCAGUCCUUGAUCGAGGCGCAGCAUGAAAUCGGAUUCACGGCGCCCGAGCCCUACUGGCGGCUUCUUAUCCUGACUGACGGCGAAUCUGAAAAACGCUUCAUUGCUGUUUUUAUGUUCCACCAUGCGCUUGGCGACGGUACUUCUGGCAAGGCGUUUCAUCGGACGUUCCUUCGGGCUUUGCGAGGAACGGCGUCGUUGAAGCCAGGGGAAGCUAAACAGGUCGUCAUACCGCCAAAGACAGCCCUCCUACCACCACUGGAGGACGUCCACCCCCUUCCUAUAUCUAUACCUUACCUGCUGAAGGUCGUGUACAAAACUUGGUUUGCCUCCAAGCCAGACCCAAGCCUAUGGGCGGGAGGACCAUUCCAACUUCCCCUGAAGACACACGUCCGGGUCCUUGUUCUAUCAAGGGCUCAGACAUCGGCGCUCGUCAAAGUUUGCCAUGAGCACGGCACGACAGUUACCUGCGCAGUCGAGACCGCCAUCGCGCGCUCGAUCUUCCCACACAUCCCUGAAAGGUACACCAGGGUACAGGGUAGCAUACCCAUCACCCAGCGCUCAUGGCUCCCGGACACAAUCACGGAUGAGUCAAUGGGAGUCUAUGUGCAGGAAAUGCCAGAGACCUUCUAUCGCCAGGCCGUGACCGGGGAAGGGUUCCCGUGGGACGAAGCACAGCGUGCCAAACGAACAAUCACAAAGGAACUUGCACUGAAAAGCAAGAAUACCGCAGUUGGCCUAUUCAAGUAUGUCAAGGACUACCGCAAAGAGCUGUGCGAGUCCAAGAUUGGCAAGCCCAGGCCGGCCACCUUUGAGGUGUCUAGUCUUGGCGUUGUGAAGACGGAGACUGCGGAGGAUGUGUCUGUCCCGCAGAUGGGUAGAGUCAUUUUCACGCAGAGCGCAAGUGUGACUGGUGCUGCUAUCCAGUUCUCGCUUAUUACUGGCGCCGAUGGGUGUUUGGCCUUAGGAGCGUCCUGGCAGCCUGGUGUUGUGGAGGAGGACACGGUCCAGGCCGUCAUGGACUCGGUCAAAAGGGAGCUGCACCAGCUUUCUGGGCUUUCUGGAUAG